AUGGGCAUCCAUGGAUUAAUGAGCUACGUGGGAGAGCAUAAGCAGUUCUUCACUGAUCUACAACUAAGGAACACAAAAAUCAUCAUUGAUGGAAAUAAUUUGUUUCAUCGGCUUUAUUUUGAAUCAAAUCUAGACCUCCAACAUGGAGGGGAUUAUGAUUCUUUUACAGAUAUUGUACACAAGUUUUUUGAAACUUUGUCUGUAUGCAAAAUAUACCCAUAUGUUGUGUUAGAUGGAGGGUGCGACUUGUCCGAUAAGAAGUUUGUGACAUUAAAGGAAAGAGCCAGGGAUAAGAUCCAGGUAGCAUAUUCCAUCUCUAGAGGUGGUGGUGGAAGUGUGCUACCCCUGCUCACGAGAGAGGUUUUCAAGCAAGUCUUGACCAAAUUAGAAGUACCUUUUGUCCAGUGCUUCUCAGAAGCAGAUAGGGAUAUUAUGUCAUUGGCUAAUCAUUGGAAUUGUCCCGUCUUAACUUUAGACAGUGACUUUUGUAUUUUUGAUUUGAAAGCUGGGUAUUGCCCUCUGAAUUACUUUCAGUGGAGAAACCUUUGUACCUGUGAAGGCACACUAGACUGCUACAUUCCAGCUCGAUGCUUCUCUUUAGAGAGACUGUGCAGCCACUUCAGUCAUAUGAACAAAGCCCUUCUUCCUCUCUUUGCUGUGAUGAAUGGUAAUGAUUACAUUAAUUUGCCAGCUCUGGAGACAUUCUUCAGCAAGGUACGCCUGCCGGUUAGAGUCUCUGGCGGGAGGGGGAGGAAGCAUGUCCGCAUUCAGGGACUUCUAAACUGGUUAUCCCAUUUUGCUGAUCCCACAGAGGCUAUAGACAAUGUACUGAAGUAUCUUAAAAAGCAUGAGAGAGAAGAAAUAAGGGAGCUUCUCUACUCUUCCAUGGAGGAAUAUGAACAGUCUGAUGUGAAGCUUGAGGAUUUUUUUCAGAAUGGAACCUAUGAGUCUCAGGUGAUGAGGAAAUUAGAGUUACCACAAUGGAUGCUUGAGGCUUUGGCAAAAGGUCAUUUGUCUCCAUUCAUUAGUGAUGCCCUUCUAUUAAGAAGAACAAUCCUUCAUGUCCAGGUGGAGAACAUGCAGAGGCCUAGUGCUCACACAGUCGCCCUACCCAUUCGUCAAGUCAUCUAUGGGCUACUCCUGAAUGCCUCUCAAAACUCUGAAGUUAUUUCCCCAAGUAAGCAGUCCAACAAGCUGCCAAUUGUCCGUGAAUUUGACAGAAUCCAAAAGACACUUAAAAAAUCCUUUGUUCCAACAACAAUGCUGCCUCUGGAUUUUUGUGAAGACCAUUGCUGUUUGGCCACAUUAACUGAGGAGCUGCCAUGCAAGGGAAGGAGAAGUGCUGUCGCUCCUCAGCCCAGCAGGGACUUGCAGGUGCCCAGAUCAGUUCAGCUAAAACUGCUGUUGGAGACAUUAGGAGUGAAAGCCAGCAUCCUACAACCCAUCCCCAGUCCCUUGUGGCUCCCUGUUGCUGUAACCUGCUACUGGACACGUUACUCAGAACCCAAAGUGAAAUUGCAUCAUUUACAGGCACUACUUCUAGGAAUGGUAUUUGGGGAAUUGCACAGGACAAGUAGCAGCCCAGAUCCUGUGAUUUUCAGUGUCAAAGACGAUAAAAUGGUCUAUGACCAGUUUCUAAAAUGGAAAGAAAAGAAUUUUCAGAAAUUACUGGAUUUAGACACAGCGCACACUUUCUGCCAGUGGCAGUGCUGCCUCCAGAUGGGAUUGCAUCUCAACCAGCUACUCUCUACUCCUCUCACUGAACCAGACCUAACUCGGCUUUAUUGUGGGACCCUUGUGCAUAGACUAUGCAAAGAGCUUAAAUCAGUACAUGCGGCAGAGAAUCUGCUUAUCUCAUCUCCAAAGAUGAGCCAGCUUUAUUGUGAUCUGCUCCAUGCAGUAAAGUCAACUGUACCUCCAGACUUCUUCCAGGAGACAACCAAGACCACCAAAUCCUUCAAGGAAAAGAACAAGCAAGCCACUAGUCAGGCAGAGACUAUCAGACAGCAUGCUACAUUGGAAGCUCAGCCUUUGUGUGAUGUUAACAAUAGGUUUGCAUCACUAAUGGUGGAAGACUGAAAGUAGCACAUACAUGACAUUCAAAUAAUUCUGCCUUGUGAAUGGAUCACAGUUACAAUGAAGUGGGUGAACUGCAUUGGAAUUUAACUGGCCCUUUUACAAUUUUUAGAAUGAAUCUUGCUACAGUGACUUUCUAUAAAUGUUCUUAUAGGAUACUGUCUGAACUUUCCAAAAAAUGUCAGUCUUUUGAUGUCAUUAAAUACAACUGAAGACGCUAAAUUUGCAAUUUUAAAGUAAAGCAAUAAGAGGACAGUUCUCUCUCCACCCCUUCAACCGCCAUUGCAAAAAAACAAAUCCACCAUCACAACUACAUACUACACAUGGAAAGCUAAUCACAAAUUUAAUUCUGAGGGCCAGUGUUCACCAGUGAGAUUUUCAAAAGUUUCCAAGGGAAGAACAUGGGUGCCUGACUUCCAUUGAAAAUUGGGUCAUCUGCUGUGCAUAUGUAUUCUAGUUACUGAACUGUUGUGGGGCAGGG